AUGAGAGGGAUUCAGUUCUGCCUGUAUGUUGAGGAUGGGGAAGAAUGCUGUCUUUUGUGUGUGAUGGCCAUUAGAGCAGUUUAUGAUUACAAGAAUGAUGGUCAACUGCUCGUAGUGAUGUACACUUUACAUGAUAGAAUUCCGAUGCACAAUUCAAUUGGAGUUGGAGUCAUAUGUACUUGUGCGAUUCGGCAUCCUGAGGUUAAGUGGGCUCAGAGGCAGGACAAGGUUUAUAUUACAGUACUAUUGCCUGAUUCAAAAAAUGCGAAGGUUAAUCUUGAUCCAGAAGGAGGUUUUACAUUCUCUGCAAGUGCUGGAGCAGAGAAUCACCUUUAUGAGUUAAAGUUGGACCUUUUUGACAAGGUCAAUGUGGAGGAAAGCAAAAUAAAUAUAGGUGUGAGGAGUAUAAUCUGUGUUUUAGAGAAAGCUGACCAUAAAUGGUGGAAGAAACUACUGCGUGGAGAUGGGAAGCCACCACAUUAUUUGAAAGUUGAUUGGGAUAAAUGGUAG